UAAUUAUGUACUCUCCACAAGACAGUCAUUUCUAAUGGUUCAUAAUGUCGAAAGAUGUCCAGUUUCCACUUACAGUACCUACGAAGCCUCUGAGUUCAUAUUGGGUCAUCUGUUCUGGAUUUAGCUCAGGAGGACAUGGAUGAAGAAUCAUUAACUCAUUCUUGGAGCUGGGGCCUUGUAGUGGAAUCUUACAAUCCCUUUCCGGUUAUUAUGGAAAUUUAGCUAUUCUUUGUACUUGUAGAAAGUUGAAACCACAAUGAGUUCGUGGAGUCAAGACAAAGGCAGCUCUCCCUAUUGGGAAGACCGUAUAUUUUACUUGCUUCUCCAAGAAUGUAGCAUUAUAGACAAACAGACUCAAAAGUUAUUGAAAGUACCCAAGGGUAGCAUUGGCCAGUUUGUUCAAGACCGGUCUUCAGGAGGACAUACCAGAAGCAACCCUUCAUCCAAAAGCAAAAAAUUGCAAAUAGGAAUCAAGAUUUUGGAGCAACCCCAUGCCAUUCUGCUUGUGGACGAGAAAGAAGUUGUUGAAAUCGACGAGAAGCGGGCAGAGCUGCUGUUGGCAAUUACAAAUUGUGAAGAAAGAUACAGUAUAUUUAAAAGCAAGGCUAGACUGAGUAAGGGCCUUCAUAUUGAAGUUGGCUCACCUGUAAGAGUACAGCUGAGGUCAGGAGAUGAAAAAUAUCCUGGAGUUGUUCGUUUCAGAGGACCCUUGAUACAAGAGAGAUCGCUGUCGGGGAUAUUCUUUGGAGUGGAGCUUUUGGAAGAAGGUCGUGGUCAGGGAUUUACUGAUGGACAGUACCAAGGCAAACAGCUGUUCAGAUGUGAUGAGGACUGUGGAGUGUUUGUUGCACUAGACAAACUAGAGCUGAUGGAAGAUGAUGACAAUGAAUUGGAGAAUGACUAUGCAGCUCCAAUUGACUCAAUGCAGGUAGACCUUCCUCCUUUGGAGCUCAACUCCAGGGUUUCUGUGAAGAUAGGGAAGAAUAUAGAGUAUGGGACAGUUAUAUUCUGUGAUGUCUUACCAGGAAACGAGAGUUUAGGAUACGUUGUUGGAGUGGACAUGGAUAAUCCAAUUGGAAAUUGGGAUGGAAGAUACAAUGGACAACAGCUGUGUAGUUUUGCAAGUGUUGAAAGCACACUUCUCUUGCAUAUCAAUGAUGUUAUCACAGAGCCUGUGUCUCAGGAAAGGAGAGCUCCCAAACUUGCCUUUACCUCUCGAGGUGGUUGUGAUAAAGGGUUCAAUCACAAUAAGCCAAAAGGUGCAAUCUCGGACCCUGGAAGUAGAAAUAGAUCAGAAUUUUUCUACACCUUAAAUGGCUCUUCCAUUGAUUCCCAACCCCAGACAAAAUCAAAAAACACAUGGUAUAUUGAUGAAGUUGCCGAAGACUCUGCAAAAUCACUCAAUGACUCCUCUCCAGGGUUCGGACAUUCUUCACCACCUCUGCAGACUCCCUCAACAAAUACCUUAUCGGCUGAAAACAGAUUUCAUUCCCUGCCUUUCAGCCUUACAAAAAUGUCCAGCAGCAACAACGCUAUUGGGCACAGCCCUCUUUCGUUAUCGGUUCAAUCGGUCAUUGGCGAGGGGACCGUGGGCCCAACCCAGGAGAGCCCACCAUCAAUGGUAGCACCUAUCAAUAUGCAUGGGCUUGAAGCCGGUUCCUUGGCAGAAGUGAAGGAGAACCCGCCUUUCUACGGUGUAAUCCGUUGGAUUGGGCAGCCUCCGGGGGUCAACGAAGUGUUAGCGGGACUUGAACUGGAAGAAGAAUGUGCAGGUUGUACAGAUGGGACAUUUAAAGGAACCCGAUACUUUACCUGCGCACCCAAGAAGGCCCUGUUUGUUAAAUUGAAAAGCUGCAGGCCAGAUUCCAGAUUUGCUUCAUUGCAGCCUGUAUCCAACCAGAUUGAACGCUGCAACUCCUUAGCUUUUGGAGGUUAUCUAAGUGAAGUGGUUGAAGAAAACACCCCUCCAAAAAUGGAAAAAGAAGGCUUGGAAACAAUGAUUGGAAAGAAGAAAGGAAUUCAGGGCCAUUACAACUCCUGCUACUUAGACUCCACUUUAUUCUGCCUGUUUGCCUUUAGCUCUGUUUUGGACACUGUCUUGCUUAGACCGAAAGAGAAAAAUGAUGUAGAAUAUUAUAGCGAAACUCAAGCGCUCCUGCGGACAGAAAUAGUCAAUCCUCUCAGAAUAUACGGAUACGUGUGUGCAACAAAAAUCAUGAAGUUGAGGAAAAUCUUGGAGAAAGUUGAAGCAGCAUCAGGAUUUACCUCUGAAGAGAAAGAUCCAGAAGAAUUUUUGAACAUUUUGUUUCAUCACAUUUUGAGAGUAGAACCACUGUUAAAAAUAAGAUCAGCAGGUCAAAAGGUUCAAGACUGCUACUUCUACCAGAUUUUUAUGGACAAGAAUGACAAAGUUGGUGUGCCUACGAUACAGCAGUUACUGGAAUGGUCGUUCAUCAACAGCAAUUUGAAAUUUGCCGAGGCACCCUCAUGUCUCAUCAUUCAGAUGCCUCGGUUUGGGAAAGACUUCAAAAUGUUCAACAAAAUCUUUCCUUCCUUGGAAUUAAAUAUCACAGAUCUGUUAGAAGACACUCCUCGGCAGUGCCGCAUAUGUGGAGGACUUGCAAUGUAUGAAUGCCGAGAGUGCUAUGAAGACACAGAAAUUUCUGCAGGCAAGAUCAAGCAGUUUUGUAAAACUUGCAAUACCCAAGUUCAUCUUCAUCCCCGGAGACAGAGUCAUAAAUUUAACCCGGUAUCUCUUCCAAAAGAUCUUCCAGACUGGGACUGGAGACAUGGCUGCAUCCCUUGCCAGAAGAUGGAGUUGUUUGCUGUCCUUUGUAUAGAGACAAGCCACUAUGUGGCUUUCGUUAAAUAUGGCAAAGGGGACUCGGCCUGGCUUUUCUUUGAUAGCAUGGCUGACCGGGAUGGAGGCCAGAAUGGCUUUAACAUCCCUCAAGUGACUCCUUGCCCAGAAGUUGGCGAGUACCUCAAAAUGUCUGUCGAGGAGCUGCAUUCGUUGGACUCGAGGAGAAUUCAAGGCUGUGCACGGAGACUGCUUUGCGAUGCUUACAUGUGCAUGUAUCAGAGCCCCACGAUGAGCCUUUACAAGUGAAAAACGGCAGACUGGGAGUGAAGCUUCCCGGGGACUUGACUGCAAAACUCAGCAAGGUUCAGGCAGGCUGUCGGCUCCUUUGCGUUUGCAUCUGUUGCCGGCAAUGGAUGCUUCAGAGGGGUGGCAAGCAAAGGUCAAUAAUGAAAGAAGCAGAUUAUUUUAGAGAAGGUAAAAUAACAACAACAACAACCCCUCCAA